AUGGCAUCGCCGUCGCCGCCUAAGCCGUGGGAGCGAAGUGGAGGCGCAACCAGUGCCUCGGUUGGCUUGACAGGAGGCAGCACAGCAGCAGCACCGACUGCGACAGGGACAGCAGGGACAUCGAAUCCGCCGCCGUUGCCAGAAGUACCCAGCUCGCUCAGCACCGUUGCAAAUCGCAACGCAUCCAACUACUCGACCAUGAACGCAAACAGAUAUGGAUCGCCUUACGGAAGCACGAUGGGGGGAAUGGGAGGAAUGGGUGGAUAUAGCAACUACUCUUCGCCAUACAAUCGGAUGGGAGGCUACGGAUCGAUGUAUGGUGGCGGUGGAUACGGCGGCAUGUAUGGAGGCAUGGGCGGGAUGGGCAUGGGCAUGGGAGGUAUGGGAGGCAUGUACGGCAACGGCAUGGGCAUGCCCGGCGACCCCAACAACAUGAGCCUCACACAGUCCUUCAGCCAGAGCACACAGACGACCUUCCAGUUGAUCGAAGGCAUUGUCGGUGCAUUCGGCGGGUUCGCGCAGAUGCUCGAGAGUACAUACAUGGCGACACACUCUUCAUUCUUCGCAAUGGUAUCCGUCGCCGAACAAUUCGGUAACCUACGCCAAACCCUCGGCUCCCCCUCCAAGAAGCCCUUCAUCAUGUUCAUGCUCGCCGUUUUUGGCCUGCCCUACCUCAUGGGCAAGCUCAUUCGGACCCUGGCGCGCAGCCAGGAAGCAGAGCAGAAGCGCCUCAUGGCCAACGAUCCGAUGGCAAGCGGCGAACCUCUUGAUCCCAACAAGCUCGAGUUCUGCAGGGCGUUGUACGACUUUGCGCCCGACGCGAGCAUGAACGCGCAGCCGGGCCUCGACCUCGCCGUCAAGAAGGGCGAUAUGGUCGCCGUACUUUCAAAGUCUGACCCCAUGGGCAACGCAUCUGAGUGGUGGCGGUGCCGCUCGCGGGACGGCCGCAUGGGGUACCUCCCUGGAGUGUAUCUAGAGACGAUCCAGAGAAAGCAGCCCGCGCAGAUCACGACAGGGAGCCAGCCGGGAAGCAGAGCGCAGACUAUGACGAGCAGCGCAGAGGCAAGUCGGACGGCGAGCCUGACCUCGAAGCCUGCCGCGGCGGUGCCCACUGUGGAGGGCAAGGCGGGCGACAUGGGCGUCGAGAGUUUCCAGAAGGGCGCUUUCUACUCAUAA